AUGGCUCCUCUGGUAGUUAAGGAAAUGGGACUAGUGCAGCACCCCAUCGUUAUCAUCGUGUCCCCGCUGAUUGCCCUCAUAGAGGAUCAGAUCAGAGAGGCUGGAAAAUUGGGUGUUACAGGUAUGCAGCUGGGAGGAAGAAACGAAAACGACAUCCUCGACGGACGUUGCCAGCUGGUAUUUGGAAGUCCCGAGUCGUGGCUCAACGAGAAAUGGCGGAGCAUGCUUGCUUCAGAGGUGUACCUGAAGAACUUGGUGGGGAUCGUAGUCGAUGAGGAGAUAUCCUUCAGAGAGAGCUUUGCCCGCCUGGGAGAACUCAGAUCAAUUGUUAAAGAAGGCACGCCUGUCAUGGCUUUGACAGCAUCUGCUGAUAUUGUCAACAGAGGCCGGGUGACCACGCUGCUGAACAUGGUGAAGGCAACUCAAGUUACUGUUAGCCCAAACAGAAGCAACAUCAGGCUUGGGCUGAAGCAUGUUCCUAGUCAUGACCUGGACUGCAUGGAUUGGGUGGUGACGGAGGUCAGAGAGAAGAGACUGUUGAUGUUGCCUAUCAUUAUUUACUGUAGAUCACUCAAGGCAGUUGGAAGAGUGUUCUGCCGUCUCAAAGCCAAACUUGAAGAAGAUGCAUGGGUAAACAGAGAUCCAGAGCAUAAGGCUGAAAACAUGCUGAUCGGAAUGUUCCACAGCAAGACACUGCCACAGUACAAACAGAGAGUGCUGGCAUCCUUUACGGGUGAGGGUAGCUGCAGGGUUGUUGUUGCUACAACUGCACUGGGGAUGGGCCUCAAUUUUCCUAAUAUCUCACAUGUUGUCAUGUACGGGGCACCAGAGGAUGUGGAAGACAUAGUGCAACAGGUUGGGCGGGCUGGGAGAAACUCUUUACCUUCACAUGCAGUUUUGUAUGAUAUACAAGCAUCACCAAGGGUUGAUAAAACAGUGAAAGCAUUGAUUCAUGCAGGGACACAGGGCUGUUUUAGAAAAGCCCUCUUUAGUCACUUUGAAGAGCACACCACAAGCUUGGAGCUGGGUCAUCUCUGUUGCACCUACUGCCACUCGAUGUGUUCAUGUUCAUCUGGUGUUUGUGUAGAGCCUACUCCAAAACAUUAAUCUGUAGAACCCAAUGUGUGUACUACUCCACUUAGAUCUAGAGAGGUGACUGAGGAAGACAAGACUGUGAUCCGGGCCUGCUUACAGCAGUACAGGCGCACUUUAGUCCCAGACAUGCCACUCAUCACUAACAAGACUGUCUGUACUGGGUUUGGCACUGAACUGAUCGAAGCAGCAGUCGAGCACAGUCCCUAUAUAUUUGACUUGGCUUAUAUUACAAACCACCUUCCAGUAUUUAGAGCACGGCAUGCAAGCGAAAUUCUCCUAGUGAUCAGUGAGGUUUUCGGCGAUUUCGAAUACACAGAGCCUACUCUACCUGAAGAGAGCUUCACAGAGCCUGACAUUGAUUUCACAGGUUAUUUUGAUGAGCAAGAUGAGGACUUUGAAAUCGAAACACAACACAGUAGCGGUUCAGAGUCAAACUAGCACCCCUCAGCAGCAGGCUAGUAGAUGCUAUUGUACUAACGUCCUUGAAUGACUGUCACUGCAAACAAUGUAAAUAAUUUUGUA